AUGGCACGGCUCUGCGAGCUCGAAAUGUCACACGGCGGAGCAGCCGAUGAGUCGAAAAGCAACCGUCGGCUCGCCGAGCAAGACGAACGAAUUCGUCAAAUCUCGUCGGCACUCGAAUCGGAGAGAGACGUCAGUCAACGACUCCGUGAGGCGAAAGAAUCGUUGGAGAAGGAGUUGGCGGUGAAGAGGAAACAUGACGAUGCGAUGAGUAGUCGGAUUCUGAUGGAUGCGGAGAUGACGAAGAUGGAGGCACAGAAUAAAGUCGACGAAAUGUCGGUUGAAGUCGAAGCGGCACGUAAGAAGGUGACGGAGGUGAUGGCCGAAGUCGAACAGCUCCGAGCCGCCAACUUUGAGCUCCAAAUGCAUAUUGAGACGGCGAAAAGGACGAUGGAAGAACUGGCCGACUGUAACGAGGAUCUCGAAAAACAAAUCGAACAAAUUCAGGAGGAUUGUGAAGAGAAAGAGGAGGACUACAAGCAGAGCACGUGGGAUGUCGAGAAUUUGACACGGCAGAAUGAGGCGUUGAGAGUCGAGUUGGACGGCGUUCGACAAGGAUUCCACGAGACACGAGAACUCGCCGAAGAAGUGAAAAUGCUCAAAACGGAGCUCCAUCGACAACAAGAACUCCAUCGUGCUCAAUUUGAAGCCGCCUGUGAGAAAUUGGAUUCAGAUGAUGACGUCAUCGAACGGAAGACGUCAUUGGAGAUUCAACAGGAACAGUAUAUUCUCGCUUACGAGCAACAAAUUGAGACGUUAAAGAAGGAAUUGGAACUGAAAAACGGUCCGGUUCAACGGAAAACGACGGCGGUUUUGGAGGCGCCGAGAUUCGAGCAGAUUCAGAUGACGUCAACGGAUUCUGAGGCUUUGAGAGCCGAAAUCGCAGAGCUCCGCCUUAAAAACUCGAAUUUCACCGAAAAAAUUGAGCGGCUGGAGAUGGAAACCAAGUUAUCCGGAGAGCUCAACGUGGAGCUCGGCAGAGCAAUGUUGGAGCUCGAAGAGCACAACGAGUUGCUCCGUAGAGAGCAAGAAGCGGAGAAGGCGGACGAGCAAGGGAUUACGAGAGAAUUGGAGCUCCAGGAGCUCAUGAUGCAAGAAAUGACGGAGCAAAUUGCGACGGAUUCGGAAGAGCUGGAGACGUUACGAGCGGAGCAAGCACGACUUCUGAAGAAUCUGGCGGAAUCUGAAAUCGUAAGGAAAGAGGAGUUGGAGACGAAAAAUUCGGAAAUCCACGGAUUUUUGGAGAAAAUUGAGGAGUUGGAGGCGCAAUUAGCGGAAAAGGAGCGCCAGGAGCGUCAGGAAACUCAAAUUUUGACGUCGGAGCCUUCAGAAUCCGCUCCAGAAGCGUUGGAAGCUCCAGAAUCCUCCGAACACCAAACCCUCCUCCACUCAGUGUCCCAUGACAUGAACAAACUCAUCGAGCUGAAAGACGAGCUGGAAAUCGCAGUGUCCGCCUUAAAAUCCGAAAUCUGGACACUCAACGGUCAACUGAAGGCGUCGAUUCUGGAUCGAGAAGGAUUGGAGGAUAAAGUGACACUUCUUGAUGAUCUAAUGGAGAAAGAGAAGAAAAGAGCGAUCUCAUUGGAUGCGGAGCUCCAGGAGCAAAUCGAUUUGACGGAGAGAGCGAUGAGACGGGCGGCUGAGGCGGAGAACGAGUCGAAUCAGAGAAUGGCGGAGUGUUUGGAGAAGGAGACGAGAAGAGAAGAAAUCGAGCAAGCGUAUACACGACUCAACGAGUUCUACAAUCAACUCCAAGAAGCGUAUAAUAUGAUCUACGCUCAACUAGAAGUCGCCAAGAACUCAUCUGAAUCGACGACGACGACUUCUGAAUCCCAGCAGACGACGACGUCAUCUGUAGAUUCUCCAGAUGAGGCCAUCGUCGAUUCCAUCAUGACGAUCCUUCUGAUAUCAAGAGAUCCAUCGAUUUCGGAGACAACUCAACAGAAAAUGCGAAAAAUCGCUUCGAAAUUGAAACAACUCGUCGGUGAAUUCGACGAGAAUCAGAAGGCGUUAGAGGAGCAAAGACAGAUUACGCAAGCACUCGAACAACGACUUCAGACGAUCGAAACGGCGUCUGGAGCACAAAACGCGACGACGACACGCCAGCGAGUCGAAGAGUUGGAAGGAGAGAUCGAGUGGAAAGAGGAAGAGUGUGAGGCGUUGAAACGAAGAAUUCGAGAUCUUGAGAAGGCGUUGGAAGCGGUCGCCGAAAGGACGGAAGAUGAGAGUGAAGCGGCCGCUGUGAGUCGCCUCUCGACGGAACUCGCCAUUUUAGCCGCCCGUCUGACGACACGACAGGCCGACGUCGACUCGUUAUUCCGGACGAAUGCAGAGUUGGCACACACGAAUGUACGACUUCAGAAUGAAUGUGACGAGUGGGAAGAGGCACGAGAGAAAAUGAUCGAGGAAAAACGAGAGCUGGAGCAACACGUGAAAGAACUCGAAGAGCAAGUUGCAGAACUCAUGGAGCAGCAUGAGGCACAUCUCCAACAGACUCAACUCUUACAAUCGACGACUCCAAUCCUGUCUCCGCCCACUCCGAAUCCAGAAACCGCCGCGAAAUUAGAAGAAUCUGAAAGAGAAGUCAUCAGACUCGUCGCUAUCGAGAAAACGCUUAAUUCGAGAAUUCUGGCGUUGGAAGAUCAAAAUUUGGAGUUGGAAGAGAAAUUCCAGGAGAUCGAAGAAGAAAUGAUGACGGUUAAGGCUGAAAAUGCUGAAAAAUGUGCUCCGACGGCUGAAAAAUCGGAUUGGGACGAUUGGGGAGAGCAAACGGAGCCAAAUGAAGAGCUCCGUGAGGCGAAGAGUGAAGUUGAACGACUUUUGGAAGUGGAGAAGUCGUUGACGAUGAGAAUCGAAUCGUUGCAAAUGCACAAUGAGCAAUUGGAGCAGAAAAUGAAAGAGUUGGAGGGAAAAAUUCCAUCAACUUCUCAACCUCCACCAAAACAAGAAGACGAUUGGGGAUGGGGAGACGACGAGGAAACGACGAUUCAAACGGUGCAAAUCUCAAAAAUCGACAAUUCUGAGCUUGAGAUGGCGAAAGCGGACGUCGCUCGACUGAUCCAAAUCGAAAAAAUGCUCAAUGAACGGAUUGAGGGACUCGAAGAGCAGAAUUCAGAUCUCGAGGAACGUCUUCAGGCGAUGGAAGAGGAUUUGAUGGAUGUGAAACGAGAAAAAACGGAGAAAAAUGAGUCAUGGGAUGAUUGGGGAGAUUCAGAAGGCGUCACGACUUCAGAAGGCGUCACGUCAGAAGACGUCGUCACGAUUCUGAAGAAGACGAUCGAGGAGCUCGAAGAGAAGUGUCGAUUCCAGAAGGAAGUGAUUCUGAAGGCCGAAGCGCAGCUUGUGGAAACACAGGAUAAAUACGACGAACUCGAGGAGACGUACCAACAGUCGCAACUAGAAAAACCAUCGGAAGAGUUGCUCCGUGAGCUCCAAACUCAACUGGAACUGACUCGACAAGAAAAACAAGAAUUGGUGAUGAGUUUGGAGGAGAUGAAGACACAAAAACUAGAAAUAGAUGGACGGUUCGAUGAGCUCCGAGAGAAUGAAAAGAAAUUGAAGAAGGAAGAUGAGAAAGAGCUUCUGAAACUCCGUGACUCCCAUCAACAACUCACCGCCCGUAUCACUCAUUUGGAAUCUGAAAAUUCUCGAAUCCAGACUGAAAUGAAUCAAAAAAUCGCGUCGAUUGAGUUGGAGAAGUCGAAAAUCGAAGAAGAGCUCAAUGAAACACUCGAUGAGUUAGAAGACGUGAAGAAGACGUUGAAGGAAUCUGAAUCCGUGACGACGUCAUCUGGAGGAGGAUGGAAUGACGAUGGAUGGGGAAAUGACGACGGGGAGACGCAGAAAGUUCUGGAGAUGAGAGUGGAGACGUUACAAGACGAAUUACAGAAGUUCAAGGAGAGAGAGGCAGAGCUAUCCGAGGAGAGUUCUGAGCUGAAAUCGCGCCUUGAAUCCGCUGAAAAUGAGAUUUCGAAUCUUCAGAAUGAGAUUCAGAAGACGUCAGAAAUUCAGGAGGAAUUGAGACGAGUGACGGAACAGAAUGGAAUGUUAAAGGAUUCAGAAGGACGUCUCAUGGAUCAAUCUGACGAUUUUGCGAAUCGAAUGGAAAAAUAUCGAGAAGAAUGUGGACGAAUGGCACAGAAAUUGACGGAGCUGGAGGAGGAGUUGAGAAAAGAGAAGAUGGAGAAGUCAGAGCAGAAAGUGAUGGAGAAAGCCAAUGAGAUUGUGGCCGUGUUGAGGAAACAACUCGCCGCCGCAAACACUGAAAUCCACCGCCACCGUCAUCAACUCUCAACGAAAGAGGAGACGAUCGCAGAGCUCAAUCGUCACAUCUCGGAGCACACGAAGACGAUCGAAGAGCUCCAAGGGAAACUGAAAUCGGUGCGAAGAGCUCCGACGGCUCCACGAUCAUCUGUAUCUCAUCCGUCACGUCCAUCGUCUCAGAUGUCGUCGACGUCUUCUAGAAUCUCUGGUGCGACGACGACGUCUUCUGUUUUUGUUCCAGAACCGAUUCAAUCGAUGGGAAGUGCAUUCGAUGUAGUCGUGCCGCAGACCGGUGAACCACUUCGUCGACGCAACAAAUAG